AAAACCCGCGAAGAAAUGUAAACAAAAGUGAUAUUUGGCGGCACCUCAAUCAUCACCUUCUGGCCACACCUAGUGAUGUACAGUGACCAUGGAAGUGGAAACCUCCCUCCCAUGGCCCUCCAGUAUUCCGCAGUUGAAGCGUUUGGACGAACUGCUGCGGUGUGGCAUAUGUUACGAGUUCAUGACCACCUCCAUGAUCACCGCCUGCUCCCAUAACUAUUGUUCAUUAUGCAUCCGACAAUACUUGUCCUACAAGACCCAGUGCCCAGCCUGCUUCCAAGAGACCACAACCCAACACUUACGGAACAAUAGACUCGUGGAUGAGAUCAUUGGCCUCUUUACCACAUUAAGGGAUAAGGUAGCUCGUUUAAGUCACACCUCAAAGGGAGGUGUCAUAACUAGCUACCUGGAGACUAACGACCCCGCAGAGAAGACCAAGGAUGAUCAGGCUGCCUCAGGUAGUAACAACAUCGCUCAGUCCUGCACCAGUGUCAUGUCUCCUAGAGCCAAGGCUGCUACCCAACAGGAAGGCAAACCUGCUUCACCAAAACGACUAGUAUUUGGGAAGGCUCACCACCUGCUGUCCCCAAGGAAAGACAAAGGGAUCAACUCUACUCCAAAGAGAAAUCUUGAGAAGCCUAUGGUAUCCAGCCAGAGUAAAUCACCACUGAGAAGGAGUGAAUCUGAGCUGUGUUCCCCCAGCAGCAGUAGUGUCAAGAGUCAGGCCAAGAUCAAGUCACCUUCGAGGAGUUUGUUUUUGUCUCCGGUGCCUGCCUCACUGUCGUCCCUAUCUCAGAGUCCUUGUCGUUCACCUUCUGGACAUUUUUCUAUUUUUUCUCAGAGUACAAGUGUGAACGGUGAGAGCAGUGGCCAAGAUGGAGUACGUGUGGAUUGUCCUGUGUGUCAUGUUCAAGUGCCACAACGAAAUAUCAACCAACACCUUGAUGCCUGUCUUCAACGUAUGGACGAAGAAGAGGACUUAAAAAUCAUUGAGCAGCCUCCUAGACGGAAGCCUUUGACCAAGUUGGUGUACUCCCUGCUGUCAGAGAAACAGAUGCGGCAGAAGGUGAAAGAUCUCGGCUUAUCAUUUUGCGGCGACAAACAAGCCCUCGUCAACAGGCACCGCAGGUACGUAACGCUGUACAAUGCUGAGUGUGAUGAAGCAGAGCCACGUCCUGUACAGGAACUUGUGAAACAACUGGACCGUGAGGAGAAAGAAAAGUCUCGAGUGACCACCUCCCAGAGUAUAUUUACCUACAACAGAAAAACUGCUCCAGAAAUUAUUGAAAAGGAACAAAAAAAUUACAUUAAGAAAAAUAAUGACCACUUUGUUCAGCUGAUUUCCGAUGUUAAAAGAAGACAAAAAGAAGCAAAGAAGAAAAGAGACUUAAAGAAGAAUGCAGAAGAAAAAAAUAAGGGAGACCAGAAGCAGGUAGGUGUAAGUGAGGCACCCAUCACCCAUUUGACUCGUGGUGAAGACACACACUCACCAGAAUUACUGAAUUUGGAAGAUUUGAGGAGUAGUAAUGAUGAUAAUGGCUUCACUGAAACUACAGAAUGGAAAGUGAAGGAUGAUAAAACUAAAAAAAUUGUUCCCAGCCAAAUACAUGCUCUGAGUACCAGAAAGAGGAACACUUUUAUGUUUAGUAAUAACACAACUAAGAGAGAGAACAACAAUAAAAAGAAUGACAAUUUAGGCAUCCUCAACUCGGCAACAACAAGCAGAAUGGACACCGAUGAGCUGCAACAAAGGGAUAUAAUACAAGCAAAGGAUGAUGUUGCAACCAUACACCACACCACCGAAGACAACGUCGCAAAACCUCCGCAAGAACAGGAAUCAAAUGAACGCACAGGCAAAGAUUUAACACCCACUGAAAGUCAAGUCAAGGACAGUGGCAUGGCUCCUAGCCCAGACAUCUUCGCAGCCAGUCCCACAAGUAGUAGCGUGAGUAUGAGUCUCCUGCAGGAUUGUGAUGUUCUGGAUCUACUUUCGCCUGCUGCUAGUCCAGGUCAUGUUGGUCAGGAGGAUGAUGGCGAAGACCUGAUACCAGCCCACCAGUCGGAGACUUGUCCCAAUGAUGUUGUGGAAGAAAAUGAGGUAUUUGAAAGAACCUUGAGCCCAGAGAUUGGAAGACGAUGCACCAGAGCCAAAAGCAUUGGUCUUGGCUCGCAUCAAAUUGGCCUAACGAACCACAACAUAGAAUUGCACAAUGAAAACAACAACAACAAAACAGAAUCGCAGAUCGAAAACUACGCCAAAUCAGGGCCACUGGUUGACGAUUCUCAAGGGGACCCGGAAUACAUGCCCUCACAACUGCUGGAGUCCAUGGAUUCAGAGGAGGUCAAUUUUCAAAUUCCUCGACGUCAGACGAGGCGGACGAGUAAGAAGCGGAAGGAGGGUGAGGAGUCGACACCAUCACAUAAGAAGGGGAGAAAGAAGAGAAGAGGAAAGUGAUUAAGAGUUGUAAUGGUAUAAUAAUUAUGAGAGAAGGAGACUUAGGUAUGGUAUUAGUAGAUUAUAAAGAGCCAAUUUAGUUCUUUUGUUCUUUAUGAUGUGAAGAAAUUAUUCAUGGAUGUAAAGUUCAUUUUGAUGGGAAUUAAAAAAAAAAACAAGUGCCUGUAGUGAAUUUAGUUUUAUAUCCAUUAUAUAAAUCAUCAUCACCAUCAUAUUCAACAUCAUCAUCAUCAUCACCAUUGUACUCAUCAUUGUCAUCAGGGUGAAGUCUUCUUUUGUUUACUUUCACUGUAUACCACGAGUCUUUCCUCCCCACUGAACACACCCAAGCUUCCUGGCUUCAUUUGCUCACUUGGGAAUCAGUGUUUUGUUCAUGUCAUGGUAUUAAGAAUCCUUAACAGUACAAAUUUUUGGAUAUUCACAUAUUAAAUGUUGCUUUUACUACAGUUGGGAUCUUGAAUACUUUAUUGGUUCUGUGCCUCUCUUGUUUGAUGCUCUAGUGCCAGUACAGAUGUAAAUAAUACUUACUCGGUAUAUAUGAAUAAAGCUUCCCCAUAAUUAUUCAUGUCUUUGGAUUACUUGCACCAUUAACCCAACUAAACUUGACCCAAAUUAACCCCUUUGCUGCCAAAUAUACAUCUGUAUGCACACAAAUUAAUUUCCCUGUCUGCAUAUUAUGCAUAUUUACAAAAACCACCAAAGAAUAAUUUAAACAGCCCAUGUUGUUCCACAACUCCUCCCAGGGCACUGUACUGUAUGUCUGUGGGGAGGAGCUGCCAUCUGUCCACUGUUUGAGUUAAAUGUCCUGUGUAAACAAUGUUUCACUCAGCCAACUAAUACCACUCACACACACACACACACACACAGGACCUUUAAUGACUGUGUUUUGUCCAUACAUAGGGGAAGACUUGGAUACUAAAAUGUCAAAAUAAGUCAGACAAUGUCUGUUACAUAUAAAUAUAUACAGGUAUUAAACGGGGAAAUUUACCACUAAUUUAAAAUAUCCUGAUGAAAGAUAUAAAGUACCGUUUUGUUUAUCAGUGUGACAGUGGUUUUUCUUUGCUUCACCUGUGGUACAUUUCUCCACUCUCCCAUUCCUGCUAGUUCAACAUAUGAGUGGGAAGUGAAGGUGGGUUGUAUUUUAUAAAUAAUAAUAAUUAUAUUGAUGCUAGACAUAACUCCCUAUUCACAACCCUGCUUAUUCACAAUAAGAAAAUUGGAGAACAGCGGCGUGUAUGAGUUUGAAGUGAACGUAUGUGUGGACUUGGCAUGUCAUCAAGUUUGACUCACUGUCGCUACAUCCCCCUAACCCUCCCCCUACCAGACCAAACUAUGAGCUGUGUUAUUGCUAUUUUUCAACUCAUAAUUUCUGGUUAAUAUAGAUUACACCACACUGCUUGUGAGUCAUUUGUUGUCAUGUACAGUAUGUGGAUUUUUUUUUUUUGUGGGGGGGGAGGGAGAGACUGUUUUGUCACUUAGAUAGGUAAGGUGUCAUUACUGUCUGGCUGCUGUGAAGGGACUGGAGGAGACAAUACUGAGUCUUCCUCAUUAAGGACAUUUUUCCAUGGAGAUUGAUCAGUUAGAGAUGACAUGAAGUGAUAUUUUGGAGAUUGAUCAGUUAGAGAUGACAUGAAGUGAUAUUUUGGAGAGUGAUCAGUUAGAGAUGACAUGAAGUGAUAUUUUGGAGAGUGAUCAGUUAGAGAUGACAUGAAGUGAUAUUUUAAAAUAGUCCUUGAGGUGAACCUUUUUUCUUUUUUUUGUCACGUCAGUCAGCUGUUUAACGCAACAUGUGGUAGUUCGCUGUUACGAUUGUUAGAAAGUGACGCACAUCAUUCUGUUUAUUUUGUACUGUAGUUUGUUUUGUGUUAGUCAGGUGCUUGUACCGUGUGAUCAUCAUUCUACACAAACACACACACACACACACACACACACACACACACUUGAGCUCUUCUCUCAACUGAUUAACAAGAUUUUUUCUUUAGUUUAUUAAGGUGACAAGUUUACAUAAUAUAUUUAGUAGAGUUACAAAUUAUGUUGUUAUUAUUUAUCUUCACAUCAAUAAGGAAGAUACGACAACCUGUGCCUUACCAUGUCUUCUAGUACCUUUUCACAAUAUACUUGUCAUUAAAAAGGUGUUAAGAGAGCAUAUCAGGGUAUGCUUAGCUGGUGGGGACAGAGAGUGAAAAUUAAGAAUGGAUCAGAGAUGUGAGAUGUGAGGAGGAAGUACUUGAGGUGAGGGUGAUGGUCAUUUAAGAAGUGGCAGAAGACUGUACUGAAUGUGGAUGACAGGAUAGUAAUGUAUGGAGAUGAAUAGCUGGCGGGUGAAUGGAUGAAGUUGAGUGGUUGAAGAGUCAGUGUUUGCCAUUACUGCCAGCCAGCCAGCAGCAUAACAGGAAAGAGUAAGUCCAGUAAUUUGUGGAAAUGUCACAUGUAUGUUAUAUAGCCAAGUGCCUGAUGCUGUUAACAGCAAGGGAUCUUAUUUUCUGUGAAGGUUUUACAGGGUUUUUUUUUGGGGGGGGGGGGAUAAAUUAAAGAAGAAAUGUUCAUUAAUUUAACUAAAUUUAAGAAAUAUAGAAUUUUAAUGCUCAAAAGUACUUUCUAUUUUAUAUUUACAAUAAAAAAAUAGACUUUAAACAAUGCUUUAAAAAAAAUAUUAAAAUAGGUAAAAUUAUUUAUCUCUUCUGUAUACUGAUAUAGUAGUAGUCUGCAUAAGUUGGUAACAUUUAUACAAAAUGUUCAAACAAAGUCAAGUGCAAACAGAGAAUAACUAAGUUUGUACUUUAUAUUGUUGAUUCUAAGGAAAAUACUGUACUGUAUAUUACACCAGUGGCCGUCUCUUGGUAGCUGAGUGUUCACGGUGUAGAGGAGUUGCCUAACGUGAUAACUCUGUGGGUAAUGUAGUACUCCUAAGGUUUCUCACUCUUCAACACCAUGUACUGUGCUGUGGUGUCUUGAUAAAGGGUCUCAUCUUUUGUUUCUUAAUAACAGGUGAUUAGUGUCCCUUGUCAGGCUCCUCCAUCUGUCUAUUUGUCUGUCUGUCUCCAUGAAGCCCGUCAGUUCUUCAUGUGUCUGUCUGUCUGUCUGUCUGUGAAUUUGUUUUCCUCAAUAUGUGGUUGUGUGUGUUGGUCAGAGCUCAUACACCAACACUCACAUCUUAAGAAGGAUCCACAUCUUUUGUAGUUUUGAAAAAUAAACUAAAAAAUUGCAAACUUACAGCUCUCGUUUAGUAUUUUUUUUUUUUUUAAUAAUUUAGUGGAAUAGACAGUUAUUAAUAGCUUUUUCAAUCAUUUUCUGUCUUUCUUGCCAGUCUGUGUCUUGCUAUGGUAAAGUGUAGCCAGAACCAAGAGUAUCUUAGACUCAUUAUCAUUAGGAGAGAGUGUGUUUGUGUCGGUUCUGUCCGUGUGGUGGGGGGAUUCACAUCUAAUGGACUCUCGAUACAAUGGACUUUCCUCUUCCUAUAGUCCAUUAGAUAGAGGUUUUACUGUACCAUUAUUUAGAUUAUAUUGUAAUAAAAUUUUAAAAGCAAAGUUAGGUAUAAAGUUUUGUAAAUACAGGAACAGCAGUACACCUGUAAUGUGUACUUGACUCCCAGUUGUGUACCUAUAUACAGUAAGUGUUUUAUUAGCAGGAAUGGGUGCUCUUGACUGGUUACCCUGUAUUGAGUAAGGCCCUGGUAAAGUGAAAAAAAAGUCUAUGCAAUAAUAAGCAAUUGAUUCUUUUUGUAAUCAUUUGGUAUUUUUCAGCUUUACAAAAGAUGUACAUCAUGCCCAGGUGUUGUAGAAAAUACUGUAAAUUGAAUAGUUGUAAAGUAAUCCUUAUUCCUCAGACCUAUCAGUGACAAUGACAUGUUUAUAAACUAAGGGAUGGACAACACCUUUCUAUACAUAUCCUCCUUGAGUUGAGGGACCUGGUGGGAGACAAGUUAUAGUCAACAGAAUUUGUAUAUACUGUACUGUAUACCGGUACAUUAAGUUGUUAUAAAUGCAGGAUGCAAAACUUAGAGCCUCGAGACUUAUAGUGGUGACUUUACAGAAUUCUAAAUUCAGAAAUUCCAAAGAUGGUUGUCAUUAAAAGUAUUAGAUCACCUGAAGAUUAGACCCCCAGGCUUAUAUUAACCUUGAUGAUCAAACACCCUAAUUUAACUGAUUGUAACUUGACCUACCCCAGGUAGCACUAGUGUGUUUAAUCAUCAAGUGAAAUAAGCUGGGGCAUCAAAUCUUCAGGUGAUCAAAAUAUAAUAUAAUAUAUAUAUGUUUUAGUGGUAUAAUGAAUUAUAAAGAAAUCUCUUAAAAAUGUUUAUAACUCAGAUAUAUAAAACACUUUCCUCUUCUUAAAAAAACUUAAGUAAAUUUAAUAUGCUGAGGUAAGAUUUGUACUGUAGGCAGGAGAGAUAAGGUAGUGACGUAUUGGGUCUAUUUUAUGUUGAAUACAAUAUUAUAUUUUAUGCUUUUUUCUCACAUGAAGUUUUAGUUUUGUCAGAUAUAACCAGUGAAGAAUAAAAUACAGUUAAUAUUGUAACUUAAUACUGUAAUAAUAAGAGCUAAAGUAAAAUUCAUAGAUCCAUUGUAACUAAAGAUGUUGGUAAGUCAGAUGGGUUCCAGUCCUAAUAAACCCCAACCUAAUCUAACCAUUACCUUUACACUGAUAGAAUUAAGUUUCCAUAGAAUUAGAAACCAUUUAAAAUCUGGAGCCAAUUAGGAUUAUGGCCCAAUUGAAAUGGUUAGGUUAAGUUGUGGAAUAAUAGGAACCAGGGCCAUCUCCGAGCAGUCACUAGUAAAUUAUAUAUGAGAUGUACCUGGGGAUGGCUCUGCUUCUACUGUAGUAUGGACGCUGAUAUAUCUGACCCAUAUAUAUAAUAAACCUCAAAUAAUAUAAAUACAACACUGGUUUUAUUAUACUCAAAAGAACCCAUAAAGUAUAAUAAUUUGUUCUCUCUACUUUAUAUUUGAGGUUAGUUAAGUUUUCAAAUGGAUCAGAUGAUUUGAGGAUACCUUACAUAAUAUUUCAUUGGUUAAUAUAAUAAUUUGUUUUGUGUUUAUAUUAUGUUAUUACCUGGAAAUAUAUCUAGACCAAUUAAU